GUGAGAUUUGAAGCGGGACCGGUGUGCACCGCCGCUACUGAGGCUUGACUGAGAGAGGUUCAAGUAUGCGGAGUCAUUCCCCAACAAAGAGUGUCAAUGAAUAUUGGACUAAAUGAUUGGCCAAACACAGGACAGAGGACUAAUCACAUGGACUGGAAAUUGGAAGGAAGCACUCAGAAAACAAAGUCACUAGUGCUGCAGGGACAGGAAGGUGUUGUAGAAGAUGAAGAUGGGCUCUCUGCAAGCUUCCAGCUUCUGCAGAUUGAUAUGGAGUGUGAGUGCCCAGAGAGCGAGACCCUUUCCACAGGCAGUGCACCAUGGUGCUCGAAAAAUGUCCAAAGGAAACAGAGACACUGGGAAAGGACAGUUGCAGCAAAGAAGAGCAGAAGAAAGCAAGAAAAAGAAAGAAGAAAAGCCUGUCGUUCAGAAAAUCUAGGCGUCUGCACCCAGCAUAGCAAACGUUUUCUGCGAGUCUUAACCAAAGAGAAACUUCUGGAGGCCAAACACUCAGGACCAAGACUGUGUAUCGAUUUGAGUGUGACCCACCACAUGUCAAAGAAGGAGAUGAGUAGGCUGGCUGGGCAGAUCCGAAGGUUGUAUGGGUCAAACAAAAAAGCUGACAAACCCUUUUGGAUCUGCCUCACUGGAUUCACAACUGAUAGUCUCCUCUAUGAAGAAUGUUUGAGGAUGAAUGAUGGAUUUUCUAAUUACCUGCUAGACAUAAUGGAAGAAGACUGCUUUAGUUUAUUUCCUCUGGAAACCCUUGUAUAUCUGACUCCUGACUCAGAACAUGCUCUUGAAGAUGUUGAUCUAAACAGAGUUUACAUCCUUGGUGGACUGGUGGAUGAAAGCAUUCAGAAGAAAGUGACAUUUCAAAAGGCCCAGGAACACUCUGUCAAGACAGCCCGUUUGCCAAUCCAGGAAUACAUGGUCAGGCGCCAGAAUGAGAAAAACUAUCAUUCAGAGAUAUUGGCCAUCAAUCAAGUAUUUGAUAUCCUGUCCACUUUCUUUGAUACUCACAACUGGCCUGAAGCACUGAAGAAAGGAGUUUCUCCAGGAAAAGGCUAUGUGCUUCAGAAUUCAAAGGAAUGACAACAGCCUGAGAUGUCUUCACCAAAGAACAGGGCAGAAUGCAGCAGGGGCACACAAACUUGCCUCUGCUUGACCGUCUUUGGCUCUUUAUAGUAUAAGCUACUGAUGGCAUAUUUUAUGCUUUUGUAUCACCUAUGGUGCCUGGCUCACAGGAGGUACCCUGAUUAAUGUUAAGUUUACCUAAUGAGGACUUAGCCCUAUAACCACAUGGCUAUGGAUAUGUCAAUUCAUCUUUUAUAUCUAUUUGUGAAAGACCUGCUUUAGAUUAAUAUUAAAUAUUAAGCUUAAUUUUCACUAAACUGGCAUGAAGUUUUACGUUUUCUUCCUCUGAACGUGCUGAUUGUUCCCCAACUAAGUGACAUGCUACACGUAAGCUUUGGAGGAUCAGCUUGGCCUGGCCCUCUUUUUGAGCCCUCAUAGCACUUUGUUCCCUCCUGUGGCUCUUACCCUAUUUCCCUUGAGUAUGGGCAAGUGAAGCUUCUCUCUUCCAGUGUGUGAAUAGCUCUGGAUCCUUCUGAGCUUGUACAUGACAUUACUCAUAUAUAUAUUAGUAAUUAACAGAGCAAGCUGAAAGUCGUUGCAUUCUGACGUGUAAGCUUACUAGAUAAUCUACCACUUACUGUACUAACAUCAUUAGACUUUUCUCGUAUCUUAGAUAUAACUGCUGCAGUUGUUUUUACUAGUUUUAGUUAGUUGACUUGCUGGUUAAGCUGCCAGAAAAUUCAGAAAAUACGUUCUACGUCUCAGAACCACCAAAAGUUACUUCUCUGCUUCACCCCCACCCCUUUACCAUUUAAUCCCUCAGGAACUGCGAUCACUUGAUAAAUUAUGUGUUUUCAUUAUUUAAAAACAAGCCAAUCUUCAAAAAACAUCUUUUUGACCAUAUAGUAUAAUGCUUCUUGGUCCCUUUCAACAUAUUGAAUGAGUUUAUAAUCUCUUUCAUCCCGAAAGGACUAUCUAUGGCGAGGCUUCAGGGGCAUCUGUAACUCAUAUUCUGAGGUCUGUGACCCCAAAACCAUGGAACUUUUCUCAUCUGCCAGUCUUCAUUUUUACUUAUAAAGGCUUUGUUAAUAUACCAGAUGGCAUGAAAGAAUUUUUUUCCAGGGUCUGGGGAUUUAGCUCAGCAGUUUGGUGGCCUGCCUUGCAAGAGCGCAAGGACCCAAGUUCCAUCCCCAGUACCAAAAAAAAAAAAAAGAACUUUUUUCCAGUUCCCUUUGCUUCAAAACCCAAGCAAGUAGCUUUUCAUUUGGCUACUAGGAAAUUACUUUAGCAAAAAUAACAUUUGGCCAUACUUGGAUUCAGAGAAUCCUGAUCACCAUGUUAGAUAAAAACAAAAAAAUUGAGUAUGUCCAAAAUAUCCUGUAACAUGAAAAUAAAAUAUAAUGCAAUUGUUUAAUUUUUAGUAAUUAUGAAAAUGUUAUGUUGUAGUGUUCAAAAGUGUAUUGCAAGCCAGGCAUGGUGGCACACGUCUAUAAUCCCAGCAGUCGGGAGGUUGAGGCAGGAGGA